UCGCACGAAACCUUACGAACUGACAAUGUACCAGAAUUUCGUGACUGAAAAUACCUCUACACCUUCAGUCGAAAUUUUUUUAAGAGUGUGAUCUGGUGUGAAUUUGUGAGGACUUUUUUCUUCUUUUUUUUAACAAGUGAAAUUACGUCGUCUCAGAUAACGAACAUGUCAUUCUUUCGUACAAGACCUAAUGAGCACAGGUAAAUGAGAUUGCGCGCGUGCGAGUGCCCCAGACAAAACCCCAGAUGGACAGGUUAAAGACGGAACAAAAGAGAAAACAUGCAACACGCGGAAGAACCAUUUCCGAGAGAUCACCCGCUUAAAGGUGAGAUGCAGGAAAAUAAUCUCCGCCAAAGAUUGGAUCCACAGCCCCAGCCUCAGCUUUAUAAACAAGGAGGAGGAGAAGAAGAAGAAGAACAGCUGUUAAAACAUCACCAAUCCCCGAACCAGCUGUCAGACCAUCAAGCACAUCAUGUCCAGGAAAUCUCCAAACAUCCUCACAUCGCAGCGGAUUCCAGCGCAGGGAGAGGAGACGGGUUCAGGCAGAUGACAGGUCGGGAGCGGAUCAGCAUCAACAAAGACUUGAUCGGGACUCCAUCAAAUUUCCAACACAUCGGCCACAUCAAUCGAGAGAUUACUUCCACUCAGACCACAGAGGAAGUCAGAAAUCUCUUCCAAAUGGUAAAUUUAUAUCAAGAGCAAGUGGGUUUGUUACCAGGAAAAACUACAGAUGAAGAGCCAGUUGUAUUCAGCGGCAGCGAGGGCGUAAACCAGCUGGUCGAUAUUCCGCUGGCAGGUGAUCGGGGCCUCGAGGACACGGAGCGCGAGGCGGGCGGGGUUCCCCAGAGGCAGUCUCCGGUCCUCGAAGACUCCGUCGACCACGAUCGCACUGACUAUGAUGUCGAGCUCAGGAAAGAGAGGCACGGCAUCCCAUCCGCUUCCAAGCACAGAACAGCUUACAAUUUCGAUCAACAAAGACAAGCACAAACACCUCAACAGACGGACCAGGCGAUAGUCCUUGAUAGAGUCAAGGUGCAAGAUGACUUCGGAGAGGAAGAUAGAAAGGUGAAGAAGAACACAAGGAAGUCUUUGUCGCCUCGUCUCUUGGGCUCCUCCAGCUCUCUGACAAGGGAGGGGAAACUAAGGAAGGAAAUGAUUGGCUCACCUAAGGACUUCCAGCAUGUGAUGGGCGCGGGUCACAUGCUUGAAUCCCACGAGAAAAAGUCUUCAUUGGCAACGUCACAAACAAAGAAAGAGGAAACCGAAGGAGGAGGAACGAAGGAUCCAGCACAUGACCGCGUCUCUUACAUUAGAAAGGACAUGAUUGGGCCGCCCACCGAUUUUCUCCACGUGAUGGGCGCCGGCCAGAUGCGCGCCGCCCACGAGAUACCGCCCACACACACGCCACCGAACGCCAUUGCCAGCGACGCGGAAGGAAGGGAGGAGCAAAAAGAACUUCCUUAUUAUAGACGUCCUCAGCCUUCUGCGCCUCCGCCUCCUCCGCCCUCUGCCCUUCCCCCUUCGUCCGCCCGUAUUAAAGGCGGUAGACUAAGGAAGGACAUGAUCAGUGCGCCAACAAAUUUCCACCAUGUGAUGGGCACCGCCCCUUACCACGCCUCCCUAGAGGGGCCGAUAACCGAAGAAGAUGGUGGAGAAAAAAGUAGCUUAGAAGAACGUAUAGCAGUCUCAGCCAGAUUAGGUCAAGACAGUUCGGAUUUGACCAAACCCAUAAGAAAGAAAAGCGCGAUCGGGCACCCCACCAACUUCCAGCAUGUGGUCCACGUCGACACCAGCACGCCGGAGUCCGACCUGAAACAGCUCCUGAUUGAGAAGACCAGCGAUGCGAGUAUGCACGGCUCUGCUCAUGACGUCAGGAAGAUUCCUGCAGGCCGGGGAGGAGGCAGGCAAGGAGCCGAAGGGAAAGGCGGCUCCUCAGCGACGCGCCCCUCGGCCCAUGCCAAGAUAAGGAAGGACAUGAUAGGAACCCCAACCAACUUCCAACACAUAUCUCACGCUGGACUCGAUUUGGGGAAGGCAUAAACAAACCACGUAUCGUCAUAACGUAGGACUCAUACAUUAAACACACGAAGCCUCCCCUCAUCCCCGGCGGACCCACGGCACAGCAAACGGCACAAGCUUCGAUCUCAUGGCGCUUCGUUGGCGGGGGGGGGGGGGGGUCGGGAGAGGAGCGAACAAGAGGAUCUUCUUGCUUUUCUAGUCUCGAUCUGCGUCUUCUUCGGCCAGUCCUUUGUCACGGGCUUGAUAAUCAAAAUGUGUUCAGUCCAAGAUCAUGUAUCAUUAUAUAGUUAUUAUGAA